CUGGGCGGGGCUGAGGAAGCGGAAGCCCUUCUGCCCCUCACGGAAACUGCCGGUGGAGCUCCGGGAGCCAUGGCUGACGAGGAGGAGGAUGUUCCGUUUGAGGAAGACGCGGAAGAAGCCGGUGGGGGUCUGGACGGCGGACAAGGCAAGAGGAAGAGGCUGUUCUCCAAAGAACUAAGAUGCAUGAUGUAUGGAUUUGGGGAUGACCAGAACCCUUACACAGAAUCUGUGGACAUUCUUGAGGACUUGGUAAUAGAGUUUAUCACAGAAAUGACUCACAAGGCUAUGUCAAUUGGACGGCAGGGUCGCGUGCAGGUUGAGGACAUUGUCUUUCUAAUCCGCAAGGACCCCCGGAAGUUUGCCAGAGUUAAAGACCUCCUAACUAUGAAUGAAGAACUGAAACGAGCCAGAAAGGCCUUUGAUGAAGCCAACUAUGGAUCUUGAAUCUGUGGGCAGGCUGCACUGGGUCUUUACUUGGGCACCUGCUUGCCCAAAAGGAAGAAACAUCACAUGUGGUGUUCGGAGGGGUUAUUGAGGAUGGAGGUCACUGCUGGGAUGUCUGCCCUCACUUACAGUGUUUUCUCAAAAGUAUUCAAGCAUCUGAAUGUUAUCUGAGUGUAUGCGGUAUAUUUACAUAUUUUUAUGCCAUUUUAUGAUGUGAGAAAAGAGCUCUGAAGAUUCUGGUAAUGGCAGGGAGUCUGAAGUAGAAUUAUGUUGAAUCAGAUCUCUCAAGGCCUAAUGCUGGGUGAUCCUCUGCAACUACUUCAGUUAUCACUAGGUACACUCCCAUGACAGGAAAUCCAGAAAAUAAAUCUUAGUUAACUGGACAAAGUAUUUGAGGCCAAAAUUCUAUAAAAAUUCUACUCUUUGCUUCAUAUAUGCCCUCUGAAUAAAACAUUUUAAGUUUGUGCUCA